UAUGGGAAUAAGAAUGUGUAAAAUCGAAUUUUUAUAACGGGAAUUUUUUGAACAUUUGAAUUUAUAGAAGUACAAUCACCAUACAACUUCAUAAUACAUACAAAUAAAAUUACUUAGUAAUUUGUUUUUAUUUUUAAAACUUGUGGUGCUUUUUAUUUAUCUUUCACAGCUACUUAUUCCUAAUUCUGAAUAUUCAUAUAUUACAAUACAAGUCAAAAAAUUAACAUGUAGGAUGUAGAGUUGGGGGCCUUCUCCUUCACGAUAAAGCAUAACCAAUUUUUCUUCUUUAUUUGUUGAAUAGUUGACUUAGGUUUAGGGGUAUGAACUAUAACAGCUUAAGGUUACAACUAACCAGUUAAACAGUGUGCGGAAACUGAAAGAGCUUGUAAAAACAACUGGCUGACGAUGUUAAAACUAGUGUCACUUCCUGCUCAAAUACAGCCCUGAAGUUCUGUCAGUAUAUAUUCUGGACUAAACCAGUAACACACAGAUUCUGUAACUUGUUGACAAUGUCUCCAAAACCAAUCAAAAGAAAGCAGGUGGAUGAAGCUGGAACUGCCCAUAAAAUACAGAAGUCUCAACCAUUCAAAGAAACUGAGCUUAGUAGUAAUAUUUUGAAAGAUGUAGAAGAAGCAAGACGGAAAUGUGCUGAAUCAGUUUCAGAAUUUAACUUCAUUGAAAAACGGGCAAGGCUUAUUUCAUCUUCCAAGGAUAUAUCUAAAAAUUGCAAAGGGAUUGUAUAUUGGAUGUCAAGAGACCAGCGUGUUCAAGAUAAUUGGGCUCUGCUGUAUGCCCAGAAGGUUGCAUUAGCAGUUGGUUGUCCUUUGUAUGUGUGUUUCUGCCUUGUUCCAAAGUUUCUCGAUGCUACCAUUCGUCACUAUCAGUUUAUUUUGAAAGGUUUACAAGAAGUAGAAAAGGAAUGUGUGUCACUAAACAUUGGAUUUCAUCUACUUCUGGGUGAAGCGUACAAAGUACUUCCAAAUUUUAUCAAGAAAAAUCAGAUUGGAGCAGUUGUUGUAGACUUUAGUCCAUUACGUGUGCCUUUAAAGUGGGUGAAUGAUGUCAAACAAAUGUUGCCAUCAGAGAUUGUGUUCUGGCAGGUUGAUGCACACAAUAUUGUCCCUUGUUGGGAGGCAUCUGAGAAACUAGAAUAUGGGGCUCGUACCAUUCGCAGGAAGAUUCAUGACAAACUUUCUACUUACAUGACUGAGUUCCCUCCUGUGAUAUGUCACCCACAUCCUUGCUUGAAGUCUCAGCCAGUUGACUGGAAAGCAGCAGAGGCUAGCUUGCUGGUUGACCAGUCUGUUAAAGAAGUUAAAUGGGCCACACCAGGCACCAAAGAAGGCCUUAAGAUGCUAUUCAACUUUUGCAACAUUCGACUUAAAAACUUCUCUGACAGUCGUAAUGAUCCAACAAAAAACAGCCUCAGUAACCUAUCACCUUGGAUUCAUUUUGGUCAGAUAUCAGUGCAAAGAUGUGUCCUGACUGUAAAGCAGUUUCGAAAUAAAUACAGUAAGUCUGUGGAUGCUUAUAUAGAAGAAGCGGUUGUUAGACGAGAACUUGCAGAUAAUUUUUGCUUCUUUAAUCCCAAGUAUGACCAGGUAGAAGGUGCUUAUGAUUGGGCAAAGACAUCUUUGAAACUUCAUGCCAAAGAUAAGAGGGAAUACAUCUACAACAAAGAACAGUUUGAAAAGGGACAAACACAUGACCCAUUAUGGAAUGCAGCCCAGUUUCAAAUGGUGCGUGAAGGGAAGAUGCAUGGAUUUCUGAGGAUGUACUGGGCCAAAAAGAUUUUAGAAUGGAGUAAAAGCCCAGAAGAAGCCCUUGAGAUAGCAAUAUACUUAAAUGACAAGUAUGAACUUGAUGGAAGGGAUCCAAAUGGCUAUGUUGGUUGCAUGUGGUCCAUAUGUGGGAUCCAUGACCAAGGAUGGGCUGAGAGACCUGUGUUCGGGAAAAUACGUUACAUGAACUACCAAGGGUGUAAGAGAAAGUUUGAUGUUGAUGCUUUCAUUAGAAAAUACCCAGUCAAGGAAAAAGCGUGACUACUUCGUGUGUCUCGGUGUUUUAUGUCUGAACAACACUGCCUCAGUUUUUGUUUGGUUGUUUUAAUUAUUGUACUUUUUUGUUAUUCAAAAAAUUCAUUGCAUUAUUUUAUUUUUUACCUUUGUUUGUUUUUAUCACUUUUGAGGUGAUCAUUUGAUAAAAAGUCAUAGUCCAUUAUGGAUCUUUUUGAUUAGAAUAUUUUAUUACAAGUUAAAAACUUCAAUAUUCACUAUUACUUUUCACUGAUUUUUUUUUUAGACUAAAGUUUUGCAUGAAAAAAUAGCAAAUCAGAAAAACUGAUGUAAAGCUUU